GGGAGGUGCGGACCCAGGUGCGGCUCGAAUGGGACGAGCCCCCAGCCCUGGGCAGAUGCGGAGCCCAACUUGACGCGGCCCUCCAGCUUCUCCGGACUGAAGAGGGGAUGGCUGCCGGCACAGUAGCUCCAAAGCAAGCCCGGCCCCCGUGGCCGCCUCUCCUGCUCUUGCUCCUCCUGCCCGCAGGGAGCAGUGGCGGCUGCCCUGCGGUGUGUGACUGCACCUCCCAGCCCCGGGCAGUGCUCUGCGCCCACCGGCGGCUGGAGGCUGUGCCCGGGGGCCUCCCGCUGGACACUGAGCUCCUGGACCUGAGUGGGAACCAUCUGUGGGGGCUGCAGCAGGGGAUGCUCUCUCGCCUGGGCCUGCUCCGGGAACUGGACCUCAGCUACAACCAGCUGUCCAGCCUGGAGCCCGGGGCCUUCCAUGGCCUGCAGAGCCUGCUCACCCUGAGGCUGCAGGGCAAUCGGUUGCGAAUCAUGGGGCCUGGGGUCUUCUCGGGCCUGUCCGCCCUCACCGUGCUGGACCUCCGCCUCAACCAGAUUGUCCUCUUCCUUGAUGGAGCUUUUGGGGAGCUGGGCAGCCUCCAGCAACUGGAGGUUGGGGACAACCACCUGGUGUUUGUGGCUCCGGGGGCCUUCGCCGGGCUGGCCAAGCUGAGCGCCCUCACCCUGGAGCGCUGCAACCUCAGCACGGUGCCUGGCCCGGCCCUGGCCCGGCUCCCUGAACUCGUGUCCCUCCGGCUUCGAGAACUGGAUAUCGGGAGGCUGCCGGCGGGGGCGCUCCAGGGGCUGGGGCAGCUCAAGGAGCUGGAGAUCCACCACUGGCCGGCUCUGGAGGCCCUGGAGCCGGGGAGCCUGGCUGGGCUCAAUCUGAGCAGCCUGGCCAUCACCCACUGCAAUCUGAGCUCCGUGCCCUUCCAGGCGCUGCGCCACCUGAGCUUCCUCAGGGUCCUGGAUCUCUCCCAGAACCCCAUCUCAGCCAUCCCCGCCCGAAGGCUCAGCCCGCUGGUGCGCCUCCAGGAGCUGCGGCUGUCGGGGGCCUGCCUCACCUCCAUUGCCGCCCAUGCCUUCCACGGCCUGACCGCCUUCCACCGCCUGGACGUGGCGGAUAAUGCCCUUCAGACACUCGAGGAAACGGCCUUCCCUUCUCCAGAUAAACUGGUCACCCUGAAGCUGUCUGGCAACCCCCUGACCUGUGACUGCCGCCUCCUCUGGCUGCUCCGGCUCCGCCGCCGCCUGGACUUCGGGGCGUCGCCGCCUGCCUGCGCUGGCCCUCAGCAUGUCCAGGGGAAGAGCCUGAGGGAGUUCUCAGACAUCCUCCCUCCAGGGCACUUCACUUGCCAACCAGCCCUGAUCCAAAAGUCUGGGCCUCGCUGGGUCAUCGCAGAGGAGGGGGGGCGCGCUGUCUUCUCCUGCUCUGGGGAUGGAGACCCAGCCCCCACCGUCUCCUGGAUGAGGCCUCCGGGGGCCUGGCUGGGGAGGGCUGGGAGAGUUCGGGUGCUCGAGGACGGGACCCUGGAGAUCCGCUCGGUGCAGCUACGGGAUAGAGGGGCCUAUGUCUGUGUGGUGAGCAACGUCGCUGGCAACGACUCCCUGAGGACCUGGCUGGAAGUCAUCCAAGUUGAGCCACCGAACGGCACUCUCUUUGACCCCAACAUCACGGUGCCAGGGGUCCCGGAGCCUUUCUUCCUGGACAGCAGAGGGGUAGCUAUGGUGCUGGCAGUGGGCUUCCUCCCCUUCCUCACCUCCGUGACCCUCUGCUUUGGCCUCAUUGCCCUCUGGAGCAAGGGCAAAGGUCGGGUCAAGCAUCACAUGACCUUUGACUUUGUGGCACCUCGGCCCUCUGGGGAUAAGAACUCUGGGGGAAACCGGGUCACUGCCAAGCUCUUCUGACCUUUCCUUCCACUCUGGGGACCCAGCCACGCCAGCUUCAGAUACCAAAGGGGGAGGACCCACGGCCGCUUAGGCCAGAACCCAGCCCCAAGCGGCACAGGUGUCCCAGGCCUCCUGCCUGCACCGUGCCCGCGGCUAUGGGACCCCCCAGUUAGUCUGCCUCGUGCUGCUGCAGUCUGAGGAUGGCACUGUCAUCUCUCCCCCGAGGGCCCCAGCGAGCUGGUAUGGAGACCCUGUAGUCAGCCCAGCCCUCGCCCCACAAUACACAAAGCAGGAACUAUAACCAGGGCUCCAGUCUGCUCGGCCGCCCAUCAGGCUUUCUUUACACAUACUUCCAAGCUUCAAUAAGCAAUAGCAAUUGCCAACCACACCUAAGCGAUUAUUUCAGAGGGAAGUGCCAUUUGCUUCUUGGAGUCUCUGCUCCUCAACCAGGUGGUCUCCCCCUCUUUCUCCUCCAUCCCCUCCCCGAGGCAGAAGGAAAGAGGGCCGAGGAGAAGAGGAGGUGAGUGGGGGAUGGGGGAGGACAGACUACACCCUGGCACUGUGUCCGCAUGAGCCUCCACAUCCGGCCUCUGUCUGUCGCAUCAUUAAACCUGCUGCCCAAAGGCCCCGACAGUAGCAGCCCAGACUAAACGUGAUUUCUGGAGUUUUCUUUACGUCAGACUUUUCCUGCCCUUAUUGCUGUCAAAUCUCCCCCUUCCUAUCCUUCCUGCCCAUUGAGCAUGUAUCCCAACGGCCUUGCCUAAAUGUAAUAAACAGGGGUUUAUGCAAAA